AUGAAUCAAUUUUCUGCCCCUGAUUCUUCCUGGGUACAAGAUGCUCGCAAGCUUGCCGAGAAAAUCGAAAAUCCAAUAAGAAUGGAUAGAUACUCUAGACCUUGCUGUUCCUCUUACCAAAGAAAUAUGAUUCACAGAAUUUUGCAACAUUUCGCUGCUCAUCCAUGUCAACCCCAGACUCUCGUUCUUGCAAUCUUGACAAGCACCAACAUUCAGGGAGGGAAAUUCAUGCGAGACCCUGUUGGAAAUCUUGUUGGUCCCACACGGUCGUUUCAUUAA